CCUCAGUGAUCUGAUCCAAGCCCGGUGUCUCUGAGCUGCAGUUAAACCAUGUAAUCCACCGAGGACGGGGACAUUGAGGCUCCUCGGUGUCGCCCGAAGACGGAACAAAACGGCAACAAGGCAACGCAGCGGCCGCGAGGUUUCCCCAUGGAGCGUGACCGGAGGAUUACCUCAGUGCAGAUUUAGUGGAGCUGAGCUCCGGCCCCUGCAGACACCGUCCCAGACGUAAACACACACUCAGACGUGAAAGGGACUCGGUCCAGAGGACAGGAAGUCAACAUGGCCUUCAGUUCAUCGUCCAGGAAUCCCCCCAGCGGCCUUACAGACAGGAGCGGAAGCUUCUUUAAGCUGAUUGACACAUUUGCACUGGAGAUCGGGGAGCUGAAGAAGGAGAUGGUUCAGAGCUCUCCGACUAUGGAUAAGGAGCCCAUCGAACUACAAGGACUGGAGAGUGAGGUGAGUGGAGUUUACCUGCAGUCCCCCCACUAUAGUGGUGUGGGGGGUGAAAGGGACUCAGGGUAUGACUCCUUGCGAAGGAGGAUGAGUGUGUUGGACAGGCUGAGUCAGACUCACCCGGUGUGGCUUCUGCUGGCGAUCAGUGAAGAGGAGGCCAAUCGCAUACUGCUCAAACAGCCAUCAGGGGUGUUCCUGGUCAGGAAGUCAGCAGCUCUGCAGAAGAAGGUUCUGUCUGUGCGUCUGAAGGAGGGUCAGUCAGGAUCUCCCAUCAGCCACUUCCCUGUCAGAGAGAGCCAGUACACCUUCUCUCUGGAGGGAUCUGGGAUAAGUUUUGCAGAUCUGUUUCGCCUGGUGGCUUUCUACUGUAUUAGCAGGGACGUCCUGCCUUUCACCAUCAAACUCCCAGAGGCCAUUGCGUCUGCCAAGACUCAAAAAGAACUGGAGGAGGUGGCUCAGCUUGGAGCUGGCUUCUGGGACUCUGCCUUGUGCAGUCAGCGUCGCACCUCCCCCCGUCCCUGUCGCCCUCAAAGCCGUACCCUCAGCCCGCAGCGAACCAACAGGAACAAAGAGGUCGGCGGGUCACAGCAGAGACACACCGGGGCUUACUGCGACAGCGCGCCUCCAACCUUACGGUCCCACACUCGUCCGCCUUCCUUUCAUCUGGAGGGAAGGCGUUCCAGUGGCCCUCUGUGCUUUGUUAACCCACUGUUUCUCCAGACUCAUCACCACCACCACCACUGUGAAGACCAUUCUCCUUCACGUGCUGUCAAGUCCGAUAACGACCUAGAGAAUGAGGGGAAAUCAUCCGUGACACCAAUAAGCAGCAGUGAAGAUAGUGGGCAACACACGGACAGCAUCAAACUGAACGACAAAUCAAGGCCCCGUCCCCCUCGCCCCCCUCCACCCCGAUCAAUGCCACGCCGCCGCCCUGCCCCACCUCCACCCGGACCUCCAGCAACUACCACCAGACCCAAGAGCAUGCCAGAGGCGGUCGCUGUGGCUGCUAGGCAUCACCAGUCCCCCAGCAGGCGCCCAGCACCAGCUCGACCACCAAUGGGUGCCAAGCACAGCAGCCUGUCCAAGACUGCAAGCUCACCAAUCCCUGUGCCUUUAAACCCACCACCCCCAAGGCCUAAAAAGCCUGACCUGGAAGCCCACCGCUGCCACAUUGCCCUGGACGAUGAGACCAUCGCCAAGGCCCUGUCUCGUGCCAAGCUUCCACCGUGCCAGCCUCCUCCUGCCCUCCCUGCUGAUGUACUACUGGAGAAUAGCGCUGGGAGUCCGUCCAGUCCUAAUGAGAGGGGACGCCAGCGGCUCAGUGACAUGAGCAUGUCUACUUCUUCCUCUGACUCACUGGAAUACUCGCAGUCUCCUGGAUUCUCCCUGGGCCUGGCACCCAGCCCGUCUGCACACCUAAAUCAUCAAGACCCAGUGGAAGACAGCAGCGAGGAGGAUGAUGAUGGGGAUGAAGACGAAGAGGAGGACUACGGGGUCAGCCUGGAGACAGAUCUGGAAAUGCGCCUCCGUCCGCCCUUUAAAGCGCGGAGGCGAAGGGUUGGUGUGAGCCUGAGUGGGGGGUCCUUUAUCCUCCCCAGGGCCUUGAAGGGACGCUUCCGCAAGGUGAGUGGGAUGCUGAGCUCCCUCAUGACCCCGGAGAGACGGGCAGUGAAAAGGAUUGCUGAACUGUCCAGGGACAAAAGCUCCUAUUUUGGCUCCCUGGUUCAGGACUACAUCAGCUUUGUUCAGGAGAACCGAGGCUGUCACACAUCAGGGAUGGAUUUUCUGCAGACUCUCAGACAGUUUAUGACGCAGAUGAAGGCUUACCUGCGCCAGAGCUCAGAGCUGGACCCGCCUAUAGAGUCACUCAUACCUGAGGACCAGAUCGACCAGGUACUAGAGAAGGCCAUGCACAAGUGUGUCCUGAAGCCUCUGAAGAGUGUGAUUGAGGUGGCCUUACAUGACUUCCAGGUCAGCAGUGGAGCUUGGCAGCAGCUGAGGGAGAACCUGGCCCUGGCUAAGACCAAGAGGCCCCAGGAGCUGGGGGUGGACGGGGCCGUGCCCCCUGAUCCCAUGGCUAUUGAGAAAAUCCGCCACAAGUUCCUAAACAUGAGGAAGAUGUACUCCCCCGAGAAAAAGGUGUCUCUGCUGCUGCGUGUGUGCAAACUCAUCUACACCAUCAUGCAGGAUAACUCAGGGAGGAUGUACGGUGCCGAUGACUUCCUGCCCAUGCUGACUUAUGUGGUGGCUCAGUGUGACAUGCCUCAGCUGGACACAGAGAUCCAGUACAUGAUGGAGCUGCUGGACCCAUCUCUGCUUCAGGGGGAGGGAGGGUACUACCUGACCAGCUCCUACGGGGCCAUGGCUCUUAUCAAGAACUUCCAGGAGGAGCAAGCAGCCCGUGUGUUGAGUUCCGAGGCCAGGAACACUCUGCACCAGUGGCACCGCCGACGCACCGCCCAGCGUUCGGUGCCGUCUGUGGACGACUUUCAGAACUAUCUCCGUGUAGCCCUGCAGGAAGGGGACACAGGCUGCACGGCCAAAACCCUGGUCGUCCACCCUUACACCACCACAGAAGAGGUCUGCUCACUCUGCGCUUACAAAUUCAAGAUCCCCGACCCUGAGAACUACGCACUGUUUCUGGUCACAGAGGACACCAGCCAGCAGCUGGCCCCGGACACUCACCCUCAGCGCAUCAAAGCCGAGCUCCACAGCCGGCCCCAUGCACAGAUCUUCCACUUUGUCUACAGGAGGGUGCCUAACCUUAACCUCUGUAUCCCUGCCACCAUGCAAAAUGGAAACUGUCUUCAAGCUGAAUAGUUGGAGGAGAAUGUCACAGCUUGCUGCACUUGAUCCUAAACUAUAAUUUUUGGUAUUCUUGUGGUGCUUGUAGAUGUUUGUUUUGUCGAUAGAUUUGAGGUGGUCUGAAAUAGAUGCCGGACACAGAAAGCCAGGCUGUAUAUUGGCAUUUUGAUGCAGAAUUUAAAUACGACAAUUUUGAUGUCAUACAGUUGAGAAGGAGAUUUGUUUUUUCUUACGAGAAAUAACCAAGUGAUAGGAUGGACUCUGGAAAGUUCAGGUGUUUUAUUUCUUACACCUCAGAAAUGUGUCUCAGAUAUGGGUCAAAAAGACAAAAUUAUGGUAACACUCAUUCAGUUUACGUUUAUCUCAAGUUAUAUAUAAUUCAACCGCUUGGAGUCUACUUGGCUUGUGUCUGAUUUGGUUAGAGCAUGUGCUGAGCAGAAAUCGUUGGAUCGUGUGUGGAGACUGAUUUGCAGGAUUUUUGUAUGUGAGAUUUAUAUGGAGAUCAAACUACAGAUAUACAUUGGACAUGUUUAAUGUCCUCAAAGCAGAGGUCAUACCGUACAAUAUUGCAUUUUAUGUAACUAACAUUUACCUUAACUGCUGUUAUCACAGGUGCCUUCAAAAGGAAUUGAACAUAACUGUAUGCUACUGAAAGCUUUCAGCUGUCAUCCAGUGAUUAGUCAGCUUGCAUCAAAAUGACCUUGAUUUAAACUUCAUGCUAAAACAUUAAUUUAAAAAGUAAAAUGAACGUUCUUGUUUUUUUUUUUUUUUUUUUUUGCUCUUAUGGGUUUUUUUUCUGCAAUUGCUGGUCAAUUGUAGUCUGUAUUACUGUGUAGAAUUAUUUUUAUAUUCAAAUGUUUUUUCAUCACUAAAGUGACAAAGAUUUGUAUUCUGAUUUAAAGUGUCUGUACUGGACUCAUUACUGGACUUGGAUUUAUGCCAGUUAUUUCUCAAAAAGUCAAUUUACAACAACACUGUUUCUACUGUUUGUUAUGAAAAGCUCCAAGCUGACCGUGGAAAAAUAUAAAAUUCUCUCCAAACAAAGCUACUUGCUGACUCCAACAUAAUAUUAUUUUUCAGGACGUUUUUCUGUUUUAUUUUUGAGAGGAAGUGUCAAUUCUUGGGCAUAAUAUCACAUGUUGUUGCGGCACAAUGAAAAAACUCUGACAGCACAGGAACAGUGGAGGAUUUACCUAAUGUAUAAAAUGUAACUCACAAAUGUCAGCCUUUAUACACACAUCACAGAUGAGACUGAUUUGCCAAAAAUAUAUGAAAUAACUCUCCACAGAGGUCUAAACUUAAGGUGGUAAGGUACGAGAAAUGUUUGUGGAGGAUAUUUAUUGCUUUUAUGCCUUAAGUUAAAUAAAGUGUUCUUGAGAAGGUCUCAUCUAAGAGUUGGAACAAAAUAUAUUGUUGUGUAACAGUAGAAUGGGAUUUUGAUGAGCCAUCAGGAAUUAUUAACACUGAACACU